GCAGUAGUCUAGCUGAUAAGACAUCUAUAAAUAAAUGUAUACAAAUACCAGUGUCUAUCCGAUUCCGGGCUGCUAUGCAGCCUGAGAGUCACAUCUUCGACUUUUCACAUUUUGAUCAGUAUUGGCCGAGAGCCAGGGGAGCCUGUAACAACACAGAGCGUGGAAAUAUGUAUAUCUUGGUGUCGUUGUCUCUGAUACUUCUGCACUUGCUGCUGCUGCCCAUCUAUUUGUACCUCACCUGGCACCACAAGUACUGGCGCAAGCGCGGCUUGGUCACAGCUCGUCCUUUAACCCUGCUGGGCACAUAUCCAGGAUUGCUAACCCGGAAGAGCAAUCUAGUCCACGACGUCCAAAAGAUUUAUGACAAAUACAAAGGUAAACAUCGAGCUGUGGGGGUUUUUGUGACCCGUCAGCCGCAGAUCCUGGUUCUCGAUCCGGAAUUGGCACACGAAGUUCUGGUUGGUAAUUUCCGCUGUUACAAGGACUCGCUUACCAGUUCGUAUAUCAGACAUGCCAAAUCGGACAAAUACGCCCGCCUGAAUCCAUUCUGGGCAUCCGGACAAUCCUGGAGGCGUCUCCGCUCUGAUGCCCAAGCAGGAAUCUCAGGGAAUCGCUUGAAGCAGGCCUAUAACAUCUGGGAGCAGGGUGGGAAAAUGUUGACGGACUAUAUGGCCAAGCAAGUGAUGCAGAAAAAUAAUAUCCUAGAGACCAGAGAUCUCUGUUUUCGCUAUACAGCCCAUGUCAUGGCCGACUUUAUCUGGGGUAUCGAUGCAGGGACCUUGACUCGACCCAUGGAGCAACCCAAUCAGAUGCAGCAGAUGGCCAGCAAGUGGACCAGUUAUGCCUUCUAUAUGCUUUCCAUAUUCAUGGCUUCCAUUGUGGCACCCUGUAGUCGACUGUUGCUGCGAUUCCGAUUCUAUCCAAAGGAAACCGACGAGUUUUUCUCAAACCUAACGAAGGAGUCCAUUGAGAUGAGAUUAAAGGGAGGUGGUGAUGCCACUCGGACGGAUUAUCUUUCGCAUUUACUCCAACUUCGGGAUCAAAAACAGGCCACUCACGAUGAUCUGGUGGGUCAUGCUCUGACUGUGAUGCUCGAUGGUUACGAUACCACUGGCACGGCUCUACUCCAUGCUUUAUAUUAUUUGGCGGAGAAUCCCAUCAUCCAGCAGAAGCUGCGUACAGAAAUCCUCUCCAGUGCGGAAUCCGAAAAGAGUCUUGACUUCGACAAGCUGUUUUCCUUACCCUAUUUGGAGCAAGUGGUGUAUGAAUCUCUCCGACUUAGCAGUUUAAUACCGCAGUAUACGAAAGUGUGUACGUCUCCCACGGUUAUUCAGCUAAAUGAAUCUAAACAGCUUCAUGUAGAAGCCGGCAUGACGAUCAUGAUUCCCAAUUAUCAGUUCCAUCAUGAUAAGCAAUACUUCCCAGAUCCCGAAGCUUUCAAGCCCGAGCGUUUUGAUAAUGCUACUUACCAGGAAUUAAUGCGGAAGGGAAUAUUUCUUCCAUUUAGCGAUGGUCCCCGUAUUUGCAUGGGUGUUCCAUUGGCUUUGCUGACCUUGAAAUCAGCUCUAGUUCACAUUCUCUGCGAAUUUCAAGUGGUGCGUGGAAGGGAGCGCUUGAUUCCGAAGGGAGAUGCUGGGUUUGGAGUCGUUUUGCAGGGGAAUGUUGAUUUGGAGUAUCGCCGAUUUUUGAGAUAGUGUUGUAUUAUUAUCAGUAAGCUAAUACAUGCAUAGGCGUUAUUAACCAUUA